CUAAGUGUAAACCUUCUCUUCGCCAGGACGACAUGAACUCACACUGAAUUGAUAAUCUAUUUUACACUCUACCCAACUGUCUUUCUCAUUGCCAUCACAGUGCCUGGGAAGAUGGGGGUCUGGGCAGAGGAAAGAAAGUAGCCACGUUGUCUGCUCCUGAUCACUAUCCAGUGUCGCUGCUAGAAACAGAGGGUGUGUGACAGUCACAUGAGAGAAAGAAAGGACUUGGAUAUCAUCCCCUCCCAUAAAGGCAGACUGGCAGCCACUGUGGAACAGUCUCUCACAGAGGAGUCAGCCCCUUCAGCAAAAGAGGAGAGGGAGUUGGAGGAAAUCAUGUUUCCUUUUCCUGUUUUACAGAAGGAUUGCAUCGUACUAUACCAGAGAUUACAGAGAGGAUAGACACCGCAGAUAGAUGCUGACUAUCCCCCAAGGAACAGCUGCACAACUGUGGGAAGACAUCCAGUCCCAUCACAGCAUUGCUCAACACAAAAAAGGUUGGGCAGUGAAACCAUCAUAUGGAAAUCAGUCUCGUCAGAGAAGUUUUGAGAUAUCAUCAGAUCUGAAACUGGUCAGUGGUGUGGAACCUUCCAUCAGAACCAACCUUUCUGAAGGUUUGGCUGUGGGUGAUCGGUCAGGGUGAGGCUGGGAAGAAGUGUGAGUGGCUCCAAGUAUGGUGAGAGCUUUAGUUAUUCAUCGAGCCUCAUGAACCACUGACUCACUCAUAUAAAUGAAAGGCUGUUCAAGUAUGAGGUGUAUGAGGAGGGCUCCACAGGCUCGUAAGAUCUCCUGACAGCAGGACAGAAGAGAUACUUGGAAGUGAAACCAUUCACACAUGAUGUGUGGAACCGAAACUACACUCAGUUGAGAGCCAUGAGAGACAAACUGAUCGAUAGAAGCAGCAAGACUUUCAGCUGCAAGCUCUGUGACAAAUCAUUCUCACAGUCAUCAUCCCUUCACGUGCACCAACGCAUUCACACCGGUGAGAAACCAUUUACAUGUGAAGUGUGUGACAAAUCAUUCUCGGACUCAUCAACACUCCGUAAACACCAGCGUAUUCACACAGGGGAGAAACCAUUCACAUGUGAGGUGUGUGACAAAUCAUUCUCUGAUUCAUCAAACUUCCGUGCACACCAACGUAUUCAUACUGGGGAGAAACCAUUUACCUGUGAGGUGUGCAACAAAUCAUUUUUGAAGGUAACAAAUCUCCGUGCGCACCAACGCAUUCACACAGGGGAGAAACCAUUCACAUGUGAGGUGUGUAACAAAUCUUUUUCAAAAUUAACAAACCUCCGCAGACAUCAACACAUUCACACGGGGGAGAAGCUGUUCUCCUGCGAAGUGUGUGACAAAGCAUUUACACAGUCGUCAAAUCUCCUAGACCAUCAGACAGUGCACACAGGAGAAAAACCCUUCAAGUGUGAAAUUUGUGAUAAAGCUUUUGCCACAUCUACAAGGCUGCUGAGACACCAGAGGAUCCACACAGGGGAGAAACCAUUCAAAUGUUACGUUUGUGAAAUGUCUUUUAUCCAAACAUCUGAUCUCCUGAGGCACCAGCGGAUUCACACAGGGUAAAAAACCAUUCACAUGCAAGGUGUACAACAAAUUGUUCUCACAGUCACCACUGCUCUGUUUACACUGAAGCAUACCCAAAAGGGAUAAGCCAUUCAAGUGUGAGGUGCGCGAUCAAGACUUCAAACAGCCAGUCAUCGAUACUGGUGAAACAUCAAUGCAUUCACACUGGAGAGUGAGAUAAAAAUCUUUUUCAGUCAUUCAUCCUCUGCGUACGCCACCGCAAAGUAGAGAAACCGUCUACAUGGGAUACUCACAAACUUAACCAACUUCUGCAGACAUCAGCGUAUUAACACAUGUGAGGUGCAUAUAAACCCUUUACUAAGUCACUGAACCUCCUGGUUCACCAGGAAAUCCACAAGGAAAGAAACCUUCAAAUGUAAAGUUUGUCACAAAGCCUUUACAGCAUCAGUGAGGUUCUUGAUAAACCAGAUGUUUAAACACAGAAAAAAAUCCUUCAGAUGUGGGGAUGGUGAGAUAGCUUUCAUCCAAUCUUCAAUCACGUUAAGUUCCAUGGGAUCCGCACACAGGAGAAAAUUCUUCAGGUGUAUAAUGAGCGAUUUAUAUAGUCAUUGGACUUUGUGAAAAGCCAGUCACAUACAAUGUGUAGGACACACCAAUCUCUGAGUUGCCAAGUCUUCUUGUACACUAGUACAUUAACAAAGAAGUAACUAUUCUUGUGGAAGAUGUGUCACAAGUCAUUUUGGUAGUGAUGGAAACACAUGUAGACCAAUGUAUUCACACAGGCGAACCCAUUCAUGUACAAGGUGUAUGACAAAUCAUCCUCUCAGUUGUCAAAAUGCCUCCUCUAACAGAGAAUCCACAGAGUAGGUUAGUCCUUCAGGCACAACCUUCUCACAGUUAGCAUGUCUCCUCAACCAUCAAUACAUUCACACAGCGGAGGAAGGUGAUUGGGGUGAAUUCCAUUGUAAUACCUUCGGACAGUUGAACCUCCUGGAACAUCAGUGAGUCCGCUUGUGUGACAAACCCUGCCUGUAUGACGUGUAUCAGGAUUGUUUCAGCUUCUCCUUCUCCCUUACCAGACACUGACAUCUCCACAUGGACUUAGAACGGGGUCUCCUGCUUCCGUUGCACUGAGAUCUGUCUGUGUUGUUUCCCAUCCAGUGCUCACACAGGGGAGCUGUCAUUCCAAAGCACUGUCUGUCUCAAACCUGUCCCAUCAUCAGUCAAAUUUUAUCAGAAAGAUCAAUUUAACCGUUGACCUGAUAACCAAAGAACACCAGAUGAAGACAUCAAUGUGUAUAGAAACUCCUCCAGCAUCCUUUCAGUACAGUGUCAAGUACAAGUCACUCACUGACUCUCACUUUGACCAAGAAGAUAAUCAGAUACUCAGUGGUUAGAAAGGCUUCAGCUUCUGAUCGACCAACACAAGCAGCUGGGGGAGGAGCCAUUCCUGGGUAGUAAUGGAGGUACUUCAAUUAGCCUCAGUAUCUUUGGUCUGUGAAAGGGGAGAAUCAGCUGGGAAUCCUGUUACUUAUCAGUGAGCCCAGGUGGGAAGUCAGGGGGAAGGCAGGAUGUGUCUCGGCUGUGACAGUUUCCAUUGUCUCACAACAUUCACUGUCUGGCUCUCCACAUGCUGAACAGCCACUCGGAACAGAGCAGUAGAGGCCAGUCAAUGUCCGCAGUCUGUCCUCCAGCAGGAAUUGGAGGGAAUGUGGGAGGACAACAAUUUGCAUGUCUAUAGCAUCUUAAUAUAGUAAAACAUCUUAAAGUGUUUAAUAUAGACAUCAUCAGACAAAAAUUAACACUGAGACAAAUAGAUAUUGGGAGUGGAUGACCAAAAAUAUGGCCAAAAGGGCAAAAACAGAACUUGCUGGAAAAACACAGAAGGUCUGACAGCAUCUGUGGAGAGAAAUCAGAGUUAAUGUUUUGGGUCGAGUGACCCUUCCUCAGAACACAUAUGGCCAAAAACAUUGGAUUUAAGUGAAUUCACGGUCAUGGAGCCUGGAAUGCAUGGCUGUCAAUGGUCCAAGGAAAGGAGUGAGAUAGAGGGAUGUACUAAAGGACAGAAUUGCAGGAGCACUGCGAUUGUGGUGGGUGAUGGGUCUAGAGAUGACAUAGAUAGAGACACAGUGAGGCCAUGCACUGGAGCAUUGGAAUUUUAAAUUGGAGGUACUGGGGGACUGGAAAUCAAUGUAGGUCAAUGAGCACAGGACCAACAGAUGUGAUAGGAUGGAGAGUGCAGUGUUUUACUAGUGUUUAUGGAGAUGAGAAGAUGGGGAGCUAGCAGGAGAGCAUUGGAAUGGUCUAGUCUAGCCAAGAGGCAACAGCUGCAUGGAUGAGGAUUUCAACAGCAGAUAGUCUGAUGUGGGAUGGGAGCUGUUUGGAAAUGGGCGAUGUUACAGAGGGAGACACAUACAGCCAUAGAGAUCUGCAACAUAGAAAAGGGCCCUUCAGCCCAUCACAACCAUGCUGGUCAAAAACAAUCUCCUAAUAUUCUAUAGAGAUAGUAGGAACUGCCGAUGCUGGAGAAUCUGAGAUA